GCGGCGCGUGCAUCACCUUGAAGCUUCCGCUAUCGACAACAAGACUGACAGCACCACGACCCCACACGACUGACGAACAAGGUCCAACCUCAUCGUCUCUGGUAUUAGUCAUCUGCCAAAGACCCUGCACCAGCUCAGAAACACUCACGCCUGCACCGUGAGCUGUGGCUGCGCUUUCCUGAUACGCCUCUGUUCCGCACCUGCCCUGCGCAUCACCUUCCCCGCCCACGAGGACGUGUUUACCUGCAACCCCGUUCGACCGCUUUCUAUCGACGUCACCACGACAGUCCCUGCGCACUUAUACACAAACCACAAGUUUAUUAGCUGGAGAAACAGGUGGCAGCCUGCAUCGCAAAAGAGCCUUGCCUAGCGACACCCGGGACUUUCGCCUCCCACAUACCGCUCAGAAUUGCGCCAGAGGCGACAUUGGAGAGAUUGCAUGUUUGGCUAGUUUGCUCUCCGAGCGCUCGGCGCAAAUAUGAAGAUCAAGAAGCAGGCUACAUUGCGGCAUGAGUCCACUCUGUCGCCGAUGAUAGCAGACUUUGUACGAGCAACAGAGUCGAUACCGCUCUACCAGCUGCCCGCCCAUCUAGCUUCUUUUCCCAAGCAGUGGCCAUUUCCUCGAGGAGAUGCUUACCAUUGGAUACCCGUACUGAACCGCUUUGAUCGCGUACUGGAACUCUUCAACCAGGAGUAUGGAAUGGCGGACGGGCCGCAGACACAACCUUUCCAGCGGCGAUUGCUGUUGAAGGGCGACGCAGAGGAGGCAAAUACAAGCGCUGAGUCGAGUACCACUGAUGCCGUUCUGGAUACCCUGCACGUACCUCAGGAUGGCGACCGUGAGCUGAUCGAACUGCUCUUGAGCUUCACACGGAUGCUUCUGGAGAACUGUGGCAAUCGCAGCCUGUACUCGAGCAGCGAACGUCUGGACAAGCUCCUCAACACCACCUCCACAUCCUUGUUGAAGGCCACCCUGCGUCUCGGUCACCGAUUGUCGCAGCGCUACCAAGCCGCGCGCUUGCGUUUGGCCCCGGCCACAUUGCACCCUUCGUUGCUCUCUAGCCACUACAACAUCGGCCUAGACAAGAUCCAAAAGCUAUCUGCACCUUUUUCGAAGAGUCAUACAGCAGCUGCACCGAUCUUUGGCACACCGGCGGGUAAAGGAAAGGACAAAACUCCGGGCGAUCGACGCAAUGAUACGGACAGGUUCAAUCCAGCUGAUUUGAGUGGGCUGUACAAGCUACCAGAAUCUAUGUUGAAGCAGGAGUUUGGAGGAUUGCAUAUCUCAUAUUAUGAGCCGAGCGUGGCAUCUGAAGAGGGUAGCAACAACAACCAGCCGGCAGCACCGCGUACAGAUGCACCUAGUACACCAACACCAGUACGUCGAACGUCGAACAUGCGCAACCAGACCCCGCGAACACCAACUGCACCGACCGCGGAAUCGCCGAGUACGUCAUCCCUCACUCCGGGAGAGACGAGCGGCCGACCGAACGGACCGAAAACUUUCGAGCUGUCAGCGGACAAGGUUGCGAAUAACCACAUCCAUGAUUUGCUCAAGCAGGGGCUUGUAGAGCUGCCUGAAAGUGCGCAUUAUGAGCUACUGCACAAGCUGCGGGCGGCGAAGAUGCUAAGCAGUGGGUCUGCUGGACGAGACGACGCAGUGGCUGUCCGUUUGCUUGCAAUUGCCAACAUGGGUUUCGUUCACAGCGAAAAGGAGUUCCAUAACCGACUGGGUCAACAAGACGCGGACGAGCCACGGCAAUUGCAAUUAGCCUUCCAGCUUGCUGAACUUGUCCAACCCCCCGGCGAAGGCAAGACAGGAAUUUCGACUGAACUUCAGACCUUCACUUUCAACGCGCUUGAGGCAUUGGCAAAGCACAAGACCAAAUCUGCCGAUGUCUGCACUGCGCUCAGUGUCAAUGUGAACCACGGUGUGCUGUUCUACAUUGUCCGGAAGCUCGUUACUGGGCUCAAUACCGAAGAUGGCGCACUGAUCGACCUUGAAGAAGACGAAUGGCGCGACGCUGUGUUCUCCCUACUCAAUACCAUCCCACAAUCGCAGUCACGCACAGGAGAGAGCAUGGUGUCCGCUGGGCUUCUGGAGAUUCUUGUCGAAGUUCUCAAGUUUCGAACGGACAAGGCAGAGCGCAAUCACCCCAAGAUUCUCAACUUCCUUGAUACGUUUGUGUACAAUUUGCAGCAUGCAUUUGCAGCCCUUGUGAGCGCCAGGGGCUUGGAGAUCAUCGCCGACCUCAUGCAGUAUGAAGUCGAUACAUCGAAGAAGCUCGCAGAAGAGGACAGGGGUAUGCCUAGGGAGUACAAGACUCAACUCACCGACUACCAGGUUCCUUUCUACCACCAACAGACACUCAGAUGGCUCUUCAAGUUCCUGAACCACAUGAUGUCCCACACAGGUGGCAAUUUCGAUCGUCUCAUGCGGCAACUCAUUGACUCUUCGCAACUUUUGACUGCUCUCCGCGUUGUAUUAUCGAAUGCAAGCAUCUUCGGUUCGACUGUGUGGAGCAUGGCUGUCAAUGUUCUUACCAGCUUCAUUCACAACGAACCGACCAGCUACCAGGUCAUCGCUGAAGCUGGCCUGAGUGAUGCCUUCUUAGAGACGGUGGCUGGUGAGCCAGCUUCAGAAGAAACGGCAGCCGCUAUUGCAAGCCUCACGGAUGCUGCAAACCCUCGGCCGCAGCAAGGAUAUGCUCCGCGAGUGCCAGGGCUGCCUCUGGCUACGGGUAUCCUUCCGGUUGCUGAAGCUAUCUCGACACUGCCUCCUGCUUUCGGAGCGAUAUGCUUGGCUGAAGCUGGUAUGAAGCUGUUCCAGUCUUCGAAAGCUCUUCCUCGGUUCUUCGAAAUCUUCGAAAGUCCAGCUCACGUCAAGGCUCUUGACGCCGACACAGAGAUGCCUACUAUGAUUGGUAAUACCUUCGAUGAAUUGGUGCGCCAUCAUCCGCCACUAAAAGCACGCGUGCUCUCUUGUCUGAGUGAGCUGAUCGCUCGCGUCGUACAACUCUGCGCUGCCAAAGCUGAAAAGGAAGGCGCUGGCGCGAAGCUUUGGACAGAAGGGGCUUAUGGCAAGCUCUUCGUAGCUGGUGGUCGCCAAGCCCUCGUAGGCUCACAAUCCGUGAGCGGGCAAGCGCAGCAGCCCAGCUCUGUUACCGCAGAUAUCGAGAUGCAAGACGCUGACAAGCAGACGCCCGCUCAUUCGUCUGCAGAACCUGUGUCCAUCGACCAGGUCAUCGAUACAGAGGACAGCGCUCAAGGUCCAACAACCAGUCAGUACAUUCGCGUCCUGUGUCGUUUCUUGAGCGGCUUCUUCUCCAACCAUGCAAUGUGCGCUGCCUUCAUCGAGGCAGACGGUGUCGAGUCGAUCCUCAGUAUUUCCAGUCUCGCCUGCCUUGAUCCCAAGGCCAAGGAGUCGCGUAGUAUGAGCGAGGAGUUCGGUCGUGUUGUCCAGGUCCUUGUCGAACAGAAGCCGCACAUCACAGUACCAUCGUUGAUCAAGCGGACCCAGCGUGCCUUAGAGCAGCUCGAGCCUCUCUUAAACCAUUCCGGUGGCACAGCGUUCUUUGCGCCCUUCACCACCAAUACUUCUCAAGACAGCGAAGUAGUGAAGAACGGAACAAAGUACGUGAAGUCGCUUGUCUGCGCACACACACUUGUUUCGGCCAUGACCCUCACCUUCCAGAGCCAGAUGUUCAGCCCUCGCCAGCAGCAUAAUAUAUCAGCCCAAGUUAACCUUGCUGACAUGUAUGCGCGCCUCGUCGACAGUCUUGGCAGGCUGCAUGGUAGCUGCGUUUGGGAGGAGCUUCUCCUUCAAAAGAACAUGCCGACAGCGUGGGAGAGAGAGACACGUAUUGUCAGCCCUGGAUUUGGAGUAGCUGAAGCUGAUCACGUCUUUGGUAUGGGAAUUAGCAGCCGCGCUCCGGACCCUACGGAGGGAGCCACAAGCGAGGACGCAACACUAUCUCAAGAUGUGGCAUCUGCAACUCCCGUGCCAAGCCAGAACAGUGCGCAGUUCAGGAACACACAGACUCUUCGUUCGCUUCUUAGUCGGAUACCGCUGGAAAUUGCUUCCUUCUUCCAGUCUCUUGGUAGGCUCUUGCUCUCUAGACGGACUCUGGAGACCUACCAGAGACAAUGCGCCACGAUAGUCUCGGAUCAGCUCGCGCAAGCAGUCAUUGACCAGCUUCAAUUUGAGGCGGCGAAGGAGUCUGAAUCUGUGGAAGAUCGUUAUGCGUACUGGAUCGUCACCUUAACCUCCCUGUCGCAGCUCAUGAUCGACCCGCACAUGGAUAGGACCCAAACACUGACUUUGCUCCUCGUCUCCUUCAGGAAUCUUGGAGGGUUUGAGGUUCUUGCAAAUGUUCUGAAUCAGUUUUUCGAGACAGCCUCGGAGGCUUCUCGUAGGGAGGGCGACGCUGCGAGUGAAGAAAGCAAGCGACUGCUGCAUUUGUCUUUAGGCGGCAUCAAGAUCAUGCUCGCUUUUUACUCGCAGAUCACCAACAACAAGAUCAUCAGUGAAUCGCCACAGACGUCGGCAAUGCAAGGUCGACCCGAUCGUGACACUACUAGGGCAGAUUACUUCUCCACAGCACAAUUCUUAGUCGAGCUCCGCCAUGCUGCCAUCAAGCCUGUGGCAAAGACCUGGAACUCUGACUUGAUCGACAAAGCAACCACCUCGAUAGUCAAGACCUCGAUCAACAUCCUGCGGUCUAUCCUCGAGUGCGAGGGAGAACACGGAGCGUCUAAGACUGUGGACAAGAUCCCCAAGCGCAGCAAGCCUAUCAUCAAGCCAUGGUCUCCUCGUAAUGGUGAGCACAUGGCCCGUUUGAAGGAGGCCGAAUUCGAGGAGAGCUUGGCUGAAGAGGCCCUGUACCGCUGCUGUGAUAACUACAACUUGGCACACGACUACUGCCAGAACCAGACUCGUGGGCAGUUGUCAAGGAAUCCGAUCCCGCAGUACGAGAUCGAGGCCCGCGGUCCACCAUCUGCGUCACCCAGCCGAGCCGAGGUCGUAGUUCCCGAGCAUACCGAUACUGCUAGUAACUCUACCGGCGAUGACACGAAUGAUGGAAACACCUCAGAUGCACCAGAUUCUCGAUCAAUCCAGAUGGAAGACGUUAUUGCAGAUGCCUCCCAGGAGAUGCCGGACGCUUUGGCUAGCACACCAGUGCCCGAAGGCCAGCCAGUACAGACGUUUGUCGCUUCUCAUGAUGCCCUAGCAUAUCAGCGGCGGAUGGCUGUUGGUAAUAAGGCCGAAGCUAUUGCUUUGGAUGAUCUGGAGAAGGAGCGCAUGACUCUCCGCAAAAAUCUGGUCGAUCGAUCGCUGGACAUCCUCAACUCUCAUGAUGGCGUCACAUUCGAGCUGGCAGAACUUAUCACUGCAGCUGUCGCAAAGGCAUCCGAACUACCGGCGAUGCGCUCAGAGAUCGGUGCAACGCUGGUCCAGUCUCUGAUUUCGUAUCAGAGCGAAGACUUCCGCUCACAAGGCAAGAAGAUUGCUGCCUCUGCACAUCUGCUUGCCCUGGUUUUGCAAGAGAAGGGCUUCUACGAAGUCAUCGUGGAAGAGUUGAAGGAUAACUUCGCCACAUUGCUUGGCUUCAUCAAGAUCUUCCCAGACCAGACGCCCGAGGAGUCUUCACCAUGGAUAGGACAGGUGCUUCUCAUCAUCGAGCGGCUCUUGGCCGAGGACCAGCUUCCUCGCGAAGUUCAGUGGACACCACCAACCAGCGAUUCGCAACAGGAGGCUUCCGUUGAUGAUAUCCCCGAGCCCAUUGUAAGCAGCGGUGAAAAGAACCUCCUGUUCCAGGCAAUCAUGGACAUCCUUCCACGUAUUGGCAAGGACGAGUCCUUGGCUCUGUCAGUCACCCGCGUGCUGGUCAUGCUCACACGUACACGCCAGCUCGCCUCACGUUUGACCGAGAAGCGCAACAUCCAGCGUAUCUUCCUGAUGAUCAAGCAGCUUGCUGGUGUUACCAAUGAAGGUUUACGAAGCGCGUUCAUGAUCGUGCUUCGCCACAUGAUUGAAGACAACAACAUGAUUAGGCAGCUCAUGCGCACAGAGAUCCAACAGAUGUUUGAAUCGCGCGAUCGGAGGCAAACCGACACGACUGGCUACACUCGUCAGAUGUACAACCUGGCCAUCCGAGCUCCGGACAUUUUUGUCGAAAUCACCAAUGAGAAGCUGCAACUGACGCGUUUCGACCCUAAUCAAAAGCCACAGACUUUGAUGCUGAAGCGUGAGGAGCCUCCCGCCGACUCCAGUACCGAAGCAAGGCCUUCAGACACCACCUCUGAGGCCGACAAGCCUAAGGAAUCGAGCGAGCUUCCACCCCAGAAGCCAGUCUUGGAACGGACCAAGACGACAGAUUUCAGGCUACCAGUCGUCGAGAACCCUGACGGCGUUAUUCACUACCUGCUAUGCGAGUUGCUUGCGUACAAGGAGAUUGAAGACAAGGCAGAACCUCCAAAGCCUACUGAAUCCACCGCAGAGGUCUCGGAAAACGCCGAGUCCACGGAUGCCCAGCCCACCUCGGACGGAGUCUCGACACCUUCGACUGCGACCUCAGAUCCAAGCAAGCCCGAAAAGCCCAUAUUCAAGGCUGAUGCGCACCCAAUUUACAUCUACCGCUGCUUCAUCCUCAGGUGCCUGGCGGAGCUCCUGCAAAGCUACAACCGCACGAAGAUUGACUUCAUUAACUUCUCGCGCAAGGCCGAUCCGUACGUCAUGACGCCCUCGAAGCCUCGUUCUGGUGUGCUCAACUAUCUGCUCAACGUACUGGUACCCAUCGGUACACUGAACCACGAGGGCGAUCUCGCCUUCAAGAAGAAGCUUGCCACCUCAAACUGCGCGAUCGAUCUCAUUGUCUCUCUUUGUAACAAGACGGGAGAGAAUGCCCUACCCAAGGCUGAGGCGAGCCAGAUGUCGCCCUACGCCGAGAUUGAACAAGAUCUGUUGUUCGUACGCAAGUUCGUUCUAGAGCAUGCACUGAAGGCUUUCAAGGACGCCAGCACUUCUGAUGAGGCACUCGAUUUGAAGUAUUCACGAUUGUUGGGUAUCGCUGACAUCUUCUCAAGGAUGGUGUCGCAGCGCGCCAACGGUGAGAUGCUUACCUCAAACGCGGACCUUACACCGAACCUCAAGCAGAUGGCGAAGAUCAUGUACGAGAAGAACUUCAUUACCAUCUUGACAACAGCAAUCUCGGAUAUCGAUCUCAACUUCCCGAACGCCAAACGAGUUGUCAAGUACAUUCUGAAGCCUCUGAAGUGGCUCUGCUACGUCGCGAUGGAUCUCAGCACGCACUAUGACGAAUCUUCAGCUCCAGAUUCUGCUGAUGAGUCCGAGAUCUCGACAGCAUCUGACGAUGAUCUUGUUGAGAACGACCGCGAGGAAACGCCUGAUCUCUUCCGCAACUCCACCCUCGGAUUGUUCGAACCUCACGAUGACUACGAAUCCGAUGAUGACGAAGAUGAGGAUGACGAGGAGAUGAUGUAUGACGAUCCGUAUGCAGAUGACAUGGAAUACGACGAAGGCGGAGAGCUUGGAGAUGACGAUGUCGUUUCUGAAGACGAAGACGAGAUGCUGGACAUGGAUAUUGACGACAUGGGCCCUAUUGAAGGCCUUCCUGGUGAUGUCGAUGUUGAGGUCGAGCUCGACGAUGGUCCGGUCAUGGAGUCCGGCACUGAUGACGACUCCGAAGAAGAUGACGAAGAUGAUGAUGAUGAUGAUGACGAGGACAUGGAUGACGACGAUGACGAUGAGGAAGAGAUGAGCGCUGAGGCUGCGAUGGAUGCGAUGGACGAGCUGGUCGAGGAGUUGGAAGAAGUCACUGGCGACGAUGAAGGCGGUAGUCUCGCUGAUGAUCAAGAUGACUGGAGCGACGAAGGCGACGAUUUCCCUACUGCCUUGAACCGAGACAACAUGCCCACCAACCCUUUGAGUGGCUUCAUUCUCGACCAACCUCAGCUCCUUGGACAAAUACAUCAAGGGGGUGACAUUGAGGAAUUUCUGGGUGAUGGGAUGGGCGAUGACGGCGAAGAAGACGAGGAAGAAGAGUACGAUGAAGACGACAUCCACUAUGAUCCUGGUAUGGAAGAUGACGAAGAAGCCCUGCCAGAGCUAGGCUGGGGAGGCGGUGGUUGGGAUGAGCCAGCCGCAUCUACCUCUCGCCACACUCACCGACUGAGUCCCUGGAUGUUCCCUGCUGGACCGGGCGAUCGCAUUCUUGUUCCAGCAUAUCGAUCACACCGCCCGGGUGCUGGUCCUCGCGCAACAGACGAUGGCAUCAACCCUCUGCUACAGCGUGGCAGUCGAUCCCAAGGACGUGAUGGUUCUGCCGGUCGAGGCGAGAGCGACUGGGUGCACGCAAUAGAGGGGCGUGGCCCUCGUGCAGCCAAUGCAGACAGCCCUGUGUCCUUCAUUAGCAAUCUGCUGAACGCCAUGAGCCAGGGCAACGCACCGCAGCUGCAACAACACGGUGGGGCUAUCCAUCUCUCCUUCAAUAAUCUCCCCAUUGGAAUUCCACCGCCGUUCGAUGUUGGCUUCCACCGCAACAUGGUCCCUCCAAGACCAAACGGCAUGUCUCGCUCGGCCCGUGAAGACCCACACUCAGCAGUCGCAUUUGCGAAGGCUUACACAAGCCAACGCUGGCAAGAGGAAGCUAGAAUCCUUUACGGCCCACAUGCGUACGAGAAGAGUCAGCUAGUUAUCAACUCUAUUCUCAAGGUUCUAGUGCCUCCCGCCCUAGAGGCAGCAAAGAAACGUGAAGAAGAACGAAAGGCAGAGGCUGCUCGCAAGGCCAAGGAAGAGCAGGAGCGCAGAGAUCAGAAGGAGCGUGAGGAGCGCGAGGCGAGGGAAAAGGAAGAGAAGGCGCGACAAGAACGCGAGGCUGCUGAGGCUGCUGAGGCUGCCAGUCGCGCAGCAGAGACUGCUGUAUCGCAAGAAGCUACCGAGAAGCCUGCCGAGGCAGCUGAAGGCACUUCUAUGGCGGGUGUCGAAGCCGGCCUGGCAGAACCCGAAGCCCCUGCUGAGCCAGUACAGCGCAUCACCACGAUACUGAGGGGCCGUGAAUAUGAUAUCACCGAGCUGGGCAUUGACCUCGAAUAUCUCGAUGCACUGCCAGAGGAGCUUCGGGAAGAAGUGCUGCUGCAACAAGUUGCUGAGCGAAGACAAGAGCAACGUCAGCAGCAAGCGCAACGAGCGCGCCAAGAACAGCAGGCUCAAGAACAGCAGGCAUCUGGUUCAGCUGGCAAUACUGCUCAGACUGAGGAACCCACUGAGCUCGACGAGGAAUUUCUAGCUGCUCUUCCGCCAGAGAUGCGUGCUGAGCUCCUCCAACAAGAAGCAGCCGACCGCCGACGCCGCGAACGAGAGGAAAACCGCCGUCGUAACGCAGCAAACGUCGGUGCUCCUGCGCCUCAAGCUGAGGAGAUAGAUGCUGCCAGCUUCUUCGCAACACUGGACCCUGCGUUGCGAGCAGCAGUCCUCAUGGAUACAGACGAGGACACUCUGCGACAGCUACCUCCGGAGAUCUCGGCAGAAGCUCGAGCAUACGGUGGCGAUCGUCGCCUGAAUCAAUUCGAGUUGGGUUACCAGCGUGGUGGGCGACGAGGCCACCCCGAAGACCCUUCGCAGAAAAAGAAAGCGCGCCCUUGCGUUCAAAUUCUGGACAAGGCAGGUGUUGCAACUCUGCUGAGGCUAAUGUUCAUCCCUCAGCAGGGUAGUGCAAAGUCUAGUCUCAGUUCCAUCUUACGCUAUGUCUGCGAGAACCGACAAAACCGCGCUGAGGUCAUCAGCAUUCUCCUGUCCAUCCUUCAGGAUGGCAGUGCCGACGUUAACGCCGUUGAACGUAGCUUCGCACAGCUCUCACUCCGCGCAAAGCAGCCGCAGCAGCCUGCAGACAAGACACCAAAGAUCUCGCGCAAGAACGGUGCACUAUCUAUCAACUCGGAUGUCUCCCCACUCAUGGUUGUACAGCAAUGUCUCAAUACGCUCGCACAGCUGACAGAGAAGAAUCCAGCUGUAUGGCAAUUCUUCUUGACCGAGCACGAGACAGGCGUAGGUUUUAAGAAUCGCGGGAACCGCAAGGGCAAGGGCAAGGAUGCCAAGUCAACACGAUACCCUGUCAAUGCACUCUUGACCCUUCUCGAUCGAAAGCUCAUUGUGGAGAGCUCUUCAAUCAUGGAGCAGCUGACAGGUCUGCUUCGUAUCAUCACCCAUCCUUUGCAGCAAAUCAAGAAAGACAAGGAGAAGGCUGCAGAUGAGGCUAAGAAGGCUACCGAGGCUGCCGCAGCAGCCCCCAUCACCGAAGCUCCAGUCACCGAAACUGAGCAAACACCAGCGGGGCGAGCGGCUGGGCAGGACACGGAGAUGGCAGCAGUCGGCGACGAGCCUGCGACUACCGCUCCGACCACAGAGGGCGAAGGCAGCUCUUCUAAGCCAGAAGGGGCCAAGCCCGACGAAGAGAAGACUAAAAGGCACAGGACGAUCAUGCCGCCCGACAUUCCUGAGAACAACCUGCGCCUGGUCGCUAAGAUCCUUGCAGCUCGUGAGUGCAACAGCAAGGUCUUCCAAGAGACGUUAUCUGUCAUUAGUAACCUUUCGCCUAUCCCAGGCGCAAAAGAGGUUUUCGGACAGGAGCUGCUCGGCAUCGCAAAAGAUCUCGCCAAGAACAUUCUCGAUGACCUUGCCAGCUUGACAGCCCAGGUCUCUAAGGCAGAAUCACACACAGAUGUGCAGGGUAUUGCCCUGGCCAAGUUCUCGCCUGCGACUUCAGACCAGACAAAAUUGUUGAGGGCCUUGACUGCGCUCGACUACCUCUUUGACCCAUCGCGCGACAACAAGGACAAGCCUGAAGCCAAUGCUGAGGCUCUUGAGCCGAAGCAGAAGGAGGAUAUAUUGUUGACACUCUAUGAAGAUGCUGCCUUUGCGCCGCUCUGGAGUAAGCUCAGUAAUUGUCUGGCGGUCAUCCGCGAACGCGGGAACAUGCUCAACAUUGCGACCACACUGCUGCCUCUUAUCGAGUCGCUGAUGGUUGUCUGUAAGAACACCAGUCUAAAGGAGCUUCCGUUAUCAAAGAUACUCCCGAAGGAGUUUGCACUCUCCAGCCCACCGCCAGAGAGCAAGAUGGAGAACCUCUUCUUCAAUUUCACAGAAGAACACCGCAAGAUCUUGAACGAUCUUGUCCGCCAAAACCCGAAGCUAAUGAGUGGUACCUUCUCUCUGCUAGUUAAAAACUCGAAGGUGCUGGAAUUCGACAACAAGCGCAAUUACUUCAACCGGAAGCUUCACUCUCGUGGUGGCGACCGUCAACCUCACCCGCCAUUGCAGCUGUCUGUGCGCCGAGAUCAAGUCUUCCUGGAUUCUUUCAAGUCUCUAUACUUCAAGUCUGCUGAAGAGAUGAAGUAUGGCAAGCUCAGCAUCCGCUUCCAUGGUGAAGAAGGUGUCGACGCCGGUGGCGUGACCCGCGAGUGGUUCCAAGUCAUCGCCCGCCAGAUGUUCAACGCUGACUACGCUCUAUUCGUGCCUGUCGCUUCCGAUCGCACAACCUUCCACCCGAAUAGGCUUAGUUCCAUCAACCCGGAGCAUCUUAUGUUUUUCAAAUUCAUUGGGCGCAUCAUCGGGAAGGCGCUCUACGAGGGCCGUGUUCUUGACUGCCAUUUCAGUCGUGCGGUCUACAAGCAGAUCAUGAGCAAGCAGGUCAACCUCAAGGACAUGGAGACUCUCGACCUUGAGUACUAUAAGUCGCUCGAAUGGAUGCUGCAGAACGACAUCACGGAUAUUAUCACCGAAACUUUCUCGACUGAAGUCGAGGCGUUCGGCGAAAUGCAGACCGUUGAUCUGAUCGAGAACGGUCGUAAUAUCCCGGUCACCGAGGACAACAAGCAUGAGUACAUCCGGCUUAUCACAGAGUACCGUCUCACAGGCGCUGUUGAGGAACAGCUUAAGGAAUUUCUUCGUGGCUUCCACGAUAUCGUCCCCGCCGAGCUCGUGUCUAUCUUCAGCGAGCAGGAACUAGAGCUUCUCAUCUCCGGUCUUCCCGACAUCAACGUGGAUGACUGGAAGAAUAAUACCGAAUACCACAACUAUACCGCUGCUUCGCCACAGAUCCAGUGGUUCUGGCGUGCUGUGCGCACCUUCGAGAAGGAAGAGCAGGCUAAGCUGCUUCAAUUUGUCACCGGAACCAGCAAGGUGCCAUUGAACGGCUUCAAGGAACUUGAGGGCAUGAAUGGGUUCUCAAAGUUCAACAUUCAUCGCGACUACGGUAGCAAGGACCGCUUGCCAUCCAGCCACACUUGCUUCAAUCAGCUCGAUCUUCCCGAAUACGAGUCCUAUGAAGAUCUUCGCAAGGCUUUGUACACAGCCAUGACCGCCGGUGGUGAGUACUUCGGUUUCGCAUGAACAGCGCAUCCAUUUCAGACUGUAUCGACUCCUUAGCGCUUCCUUACAUAUUCAUGACCUUCGAUAUGCAUUGCAAGGGCGCUUUUGUAUGAGCCUAAAAUGGCGAGUGAUUGAUGGGCGUUCAGCGUUCUGGAUGCCAGCACAGCAUGAAGUCAGGUCGACUGGGAGUGCAGGCCCAUGUUUGCUGACACGGAUUGUUUGGGGCUGAGGAGCGUUUGGCGUAAUAUAUGAUAGUACUGUAGAUAUUCAGGAUGAGCAAAUUUGUU